CACUACAACACAUUCCAGACCUCAUGCUCGCCCUCGAACGAUGUCCCGCCGACAUAUGCCAACGCGGUUCGAGCGCGCCUCCCCUCCCCGAGGCCGCGAUCCGAUCGCCGUGACCCGCUCCCGGCUUACACGUGCACCGUCGAUUACGAAGCCAGGAUGCUGCUCCGUGUAGAGUCCCACAGCCCGCUCCACGACAUCUCCGAGGCGGAUUGGAAGGAGGUGAUCCUCGUGCUCCGAGGGACCUCGUUGGUCCUCCACCGAGCGCGCAAGGACGGAAGCGCCGGCAAGGCGCUGCGGACCUACACCCUCCAGCACGCGGAGGUCGGCCUCGCAUCGGACACGCAGUAUUCCAUCCUGGUCCCUCAGAGUCGCCUGGCUCACUUCCUCCCGGCCGCUGCCUGGCGGAAAGCCUGGCGGACAGAUCCGUCCCUGUUCAAAUCCGUCGAGCAAUCGCUGCUGCGCCUCCGCGUCGAGGCGGACCAGAUCCUCCUGGCGCACGCCGAGGAAGAGACCGUCCACGGGUUGGUCCAUGCCCUCGCCGCGGCCAUCGACAUCUCCAUGGACCUCGAUGAGCGGAGCAUCCCCAGGCAAUGCACGGUCCCCCGGCGGCGGAAUCGCCAAUCGCGGACGUUGGAGGCGGUGGCGGGCAUCCUCGAGAACCCCGCCAUCCUCGCUCAGCAGGAGCGCAUCCUGCGCGAGCUCUACCCUCAACUUGCGGGCCAGGCAUCGGAAACGGAUCGGGCACAGUCCGGCUCCGUCCCCGCCACGGCCGACGAAGCAGAUUCGCCGCUCGCGACCCUCGAUCCCUCCGCCUCGCGACGGCCGUCCGUGUUCCGACAGACCACCACCUCCACCAUCGACUCGACGUUCAGCGUCGAGACCAUCCACGCCUCGCCCUCGACCAACUUCGGCGCCGACGGCAAAUGGCGGCCCCCUCACAACCGCUCCCCGGCCCAGAUCGAACGCUACAUCAAGCGCUGCAUGCCCGUCCUCCCGGCCGACGCCCCCCGCGCCAGCGACGUGCUCGUCCACGCGGGCCGCCGGGUCAAGAUCAACUGGAAGACGGGCGCCCUCGACGACUGGGCCCUGCCCCCGCCGAGCUACCGCUCGCACCGGUUC